AUGGUUCCCAAAUCCGCAGGGAACACAGGGGCCACCCUAACGACCCUUCCAAUUAAGUUAAUUGUGUCUAUUGUGUCAUAUCUGCCCAAUCGGGAUAUCAAAUCGUUACGCUUGACGUCCCAGCUUCUGCACAAACUAGCGCAAUUACGUAUAGAACGUGUCUUUCUAUCCGCUGACCAACGUAACCUCGAAGUCUUCCGUGCAGUUGCCGACCACAAAGUCUAUCGCCAGCACAUCCAAGAGAUUAUCUGGGAUGACACGCGGCUGUUACCACCUCCUCAGUUCUCGGUGCUAGAUUACGGACGAAAUCCAGAAGAGCGGGUCCCCUACGCAGGAGCUGAACUCUGGUACCUCAAUGCUUGUCAAGAAAAUAUUGAAGAUUUGAGGAGGUACCAACGUGACUAUACGGGGUUAGCAGAUUGCAUAGAGCGGGCCGAGCAGGACGUUGCUUCCACAUUAUGGCUGAAAGAAUCUUUCGACCUCUAUGAAAAAUUGAGUAAGGAAGAGGAAGAAAACAUUCGCACUAACGCUGAUAAGGAAGCCUUCGAGUAUGGGCUAAAGCAAUUUCCAGCCUUGAAAAGUGUCACAAUUACACCUGUAACGCAUGCGCGAGUUUUUUAUCCUCUUUAUCAAACACCCAUGAUUCGCACGUUCCCGCCUGGGUUUAAUUAUCCCGUCCCGCGCGGAUGGCCGACGCACAAGGAGAACCAUCCGGCUCUUUCUCUGUGGACUGAUCUACACGAGCACUGGAAAGACAGAUGGCGUGGAUUCCGGGCUGCACUGCAUUUGCUGGCAAGAGACAGAGAGCACCACAACGUCUCUGAGCUCAUUUUCGAUGUCAACCAGCUGGACACAGGAAUAAAUUGCACGAUAUUUGAACAACCGUGUGAGGAGCUCUUAAACCUUUUCCUUAUUCUCAACCAGCCAGGAUUCAAGCGACUUGAUCUUGCUCUCUCAUACCCCAAUCAAAAAGAACGUGGAUGGCCGGUUUUUCGCAAUGGUAAUCUGCGAGACGUGUUGAGAAAUGCAGCUGAUUUAGAGCACUUCAGCUUCAAAGCCAGUAUGUACACGCUCCAGGAAAGCUCGUCUAGCAAUCGAUGCUUUCCAAAUAUUCCGCUUGAUACCAUUUUCCUAGUCGCAAAAUGGCAGAAACUACGCCACUUUGGACUUUCAGGCCUCUCAGUCGGUACUACUGACACGGUCAGGCUUCUGGAUCGACUGCCACUCACCACCCGCUCGGUCGAGUUGAGCUUUCUGGGUUUCUCAGAGCCUGAUAUGGAUAAUUGGUCAAUUCUGAUCGAAGGGAUUCGUGACCGUACCCGGUGGAGAUAUCGAAGUACUAGUAGGAGGCCUAAGCUUAUUGUGGGUGUGGAUGUAACGCGGAAUAGACAACCUGGUCUAGGCAUCUGGAUUGAAAGGGAGAUACACGAGUUUCUGUAUGGAAAUGGGCUAAAUCCAUUUGACGAGAAUGGUUGUGUUAAGCCAGGCGUGGGAUUUGAGCGUCAAUCCAACUUAUGA